AUGUUCUCGAGCCGGAGCUACGGCCCCGGCGGCGGCGGCGGCGGCGCGCGCGGCGGCGCGGACCCGUUCCUCUCGGGCAUCCUUCGCGCGUUUUUCGGCGACGGCGGCGGUACAGCUGGCGCGUCGACGCCGGGGCUGGGGGGGGAAACGCGAACGCGCGCGGACGACGAAGGACGCGCGGACGACGACGAAGAGGGAGAUUCGCGCGGGCGCGGGCACGUCGCGCGCCGCGGUGAUGCGGGACCAUACGCGUCGUCCGCCGGAGUUGCCACGGCGGGGCCCGGACUCGGGGGCGGGCUGGCGUCGUUCGGGUUCGUCCCGACGCUGCUCUUCGGGCCGCUCGGGAUCCGACAGAGGUUCCUGCUGCACCCGCAGUUCGGGAUGUACCGCUCGUCGUCUCUCGACGACGACGACGACGAAGAAGGGACGGAGAUGGACGACGUCGUCGCGCAGGCGACCGCCGCGGGCGCCCUGGGCGGACACCACGAGAGUCUCAUGGACGCGGUGCGACGGUGGAAGGACGCCACCGACGGAGGCGGCGCGCGGCGGGGGGCUACUUACCACGUCUCGCGGGGACGAGGCCAACGACCGGUGGUCGUCCGCGUCGCGAACGGUCUCCCUCUGUUCGUGGACGGCGACGACGGCGACGACGACGCGAAGAGCAGCUCGCCGUGGUACCUCGGCGACGCCGUCCGCAGAGGCGUGUGGACGCUCGUCUCUCUCGCGAUGUUCGCCGCCGUUUUUCUCCUCGCGUACGCCGCGGCGUCCUUUUGCGCGCUCGUCGCGAACCGCGGGUGGAAGCGCGCGGUGAGGUACGCCGAACGCGACGGACGACUCGUGGACAGCGACGACAGCGACGACGACGACGAUUACGACAUGCGGACGCGGCUGCUACCGAGGAUGAAGGAGGCGCGGAUCGAACGGGUUGACCUCUCGCGCGCGCAGACGGAGGGCGCUCGCCCCGUGAGGGGGUUCGCCGCGGUGAGGGACGAGGAGCUGCUGGUCACCGUGCCGACGACGACGAUGCCCCCGAGCGGGCGAUAG